AUGUCUGCGAGAAUACUUGAAAAAGGCUGUCGCACCAUUAGUCGGUCUGCCAAGCUUCAAAGUAACAAUUCCAGACCUCUGGCCUCAAUUGCUAGUGUCGAGGUUCCAACUGGAAUUCCGAACUUCGCUCGGUUCCCUUAUGAGGACCGGUAUGCAGAAGUCAUUAAGACCAAGAAAGAUGACAAGUCGUAUCGGUACUUCCGGAAUGUGAACCGUCUCGCACACGAAUUUCCUCUUGCGCAUUCAGCCGACGAGGGCAAAAAGAUCAAUGUCUGGUGUACAAAUGACUAUCUGGGCAUGGGCGGCAACUCCGAAGUCUUGAAGACUAUGCACGACGUUCUCGAUAGAUACGGAGCUUGCUCCGGCGGGUCUCGCAACAUCUCGGGUCACAAUCGCUUUGCGGUAUCCUUGGAGAAGACACUUGCUAAACUCCACGGGAAGGAGGCUGCUCUCUACUUCAGUUCCGGCUAUGUUGCCAAUGACUCAGCUCUGACAGUCCUCGGACGACAACUUCCCGGCUGUGUCUUCCUCUCGGAUGCAUCCAACCAUUCCUCAAUUAUCGAAGGCAUCCGACACUCAGGGGCCAACAAGCUCGUCUGGAAGCACAAUGAUCUCGCGGACCUCGAGAGAAAGUUGGCAGCCAUCGCACCAGGCGUACCGAAAGUCAUCUGUUUCGAAUCCAUUUACUCCAUGUGUGGCACUGUCGCGCCGAUCUCGGAGAUAUGCGAUCUCGCUGAACGCUAUGGUGCACUUACAUUUCUUGACGAGGUUCACGCCGUUGGUCUCUACGGGCCUCACGGAGCUGGUGUUUCUGAGCAUCUCGAUUUCGAGGCUCACAGCUCAGGUAGUUAUGAGGGCACAGUACUAUCCCGCAUUGACAUCGUGUCUGGCGCUCUUGGCAAAGGCUUCGGCACCAUGGGAGGGUACGUUGCUGGCUCCUGCGAUCUUGUGGAUAUGAUUCGGUCGCUUUCACGAGGAUUUAUUUUCACCACCGCAGCUCCACCAGCUACGAUGGCCGGGGCUGAGGCGGCCAUCACGUUUCAGGGCCAGAACCCUCAGGACAGGAUUCAGCUCCAGCGCAACACUCGUUUCGUCAAGCAGCGGCUGCUUAAGCACGGAAUACCCGUCUUACCCAACACUUCGCAUAUUGUCCCUGUUAUGGUGGGUGAUGCAGAGCGUUGCAAGAUUGCCGCUGAUAUACUUUUUGACGAGUAUGGCAUCUAUGUCCAGCCUAUCAACAGCCCUAGUGUGCCUGUGGGGCAGGAACGUCUCCGCAUUUCACCUACGGCUGCACACACAUUGGAACACCAAGACAACCUCGUUAAUGCGUUGAUCAGCAUUUGGGAGAGACUUGGGCUGAGGAAACUGAAUGAGUGGGCUACAGAUGAGAGUGGCCAGGUUGCUGAUGGGUGGGAGACUACUGGUCUUGAAUCGCCCGUCUGGAGUAACAAGCAGCUAGGACUUCCGGAAGAGAUCCCGGAGGAUAUCAUAGGGGUUCCUGCCAGAAAUCUUUCUGGUUACUCCACUGGGAAGACCGCAUUAGAGGACACACGCCUUUCGUAA